GUUUUCAUGUCUUAUCGAGUUCAUCUUAACGGUAAUUCUGAUUAGUGCAGAUGUGCUAAUUUUUGACGGAAACUGAUACUUCUGGUACCACUAGAAUCUUGGUCAUAUUUAGUAAGUAGUAGGGAAAGGAUUUAACUAUGAGGAUAAAAUUGUUUUUGAUGCUACCGGUUUUAUUGUACGUAGUGCAAGCGCAGCUAUUAGAUACGAGUCAGCAUAUACUGUCUAGAAAGAAACGUUGGCUGAUAUGGAGCGACAAGGGUCCAAACUGGGUACAGUUUAUUUUUGGAUUGGGCAUACCAUUGGAGGUAAAAGGACAAGCUAUAACUCUUGGUACUGUGAUGAAAGCAUUCUAUCUGUUGCCGACUAAUACUUCGGUGUAUACCAGACCAAGUAUCGAUAUUGCGAGACGGAAGAGAUCAACUUCCAGGUGGAGAGUGUAUGAAGCUCUAGAAAAUUUCCUAGAAAGAUAUCAUUAUGGCGACGGUAGAGCAUGUAUAUUGAGAUCCAUAUGCGAAGUUUCGCAUGCUCCUUUAGACAGCAACUCCGGAAUCCUAGCAGAGAUUGUUUCAGCAGUACUGACGCCAUCCACGACGAACGACCCUUUUGAACAUCACACGAAUGUUGAAUACUUAGCUGCCGAAAAGCUAGGAAGAAAUAUGGAAAACUGUGAAAGAUUAUUUCCAGAAUGUGGCACAGACUUCCUCCAGCAAUUUUCAAAAUUUGCUAUGUAAUCCGAAGAGGAUAUAUAAACAAAAUAAAAACG